GAACGGAGAUAUUUAUAGCGCCUUGCUGGAUUGUCAAACAACAUUGGGCCUGACCAGUAAUGUGACCGGGAAUUCGGCUUCAGCGUCCACUCCAUCCAAUUCUUCCGACCCCGCUUCUCACAACACACUUGCUCGAAGCUGUGUUCGAGUCACGGCACUGUUGCUUUCCGCUCGCUGUUUGCUUCGUCUCGAUUGGAUUCCUGAGGCCCGUGUAAUGCUGGAUAAAGCUCGUCAAGAAUCAGCAAUACUUCUCAAAAGUGAGCAGCAUGAUCAACCGACUCCCCAGCAGCCCAAACAAGCUGUAAAUGGUGUGCGUUACUCGAUGAAUUCUGUCCAGGAGCGGGGUUUGGAGAAGUUCUUCUCACUGCUCGAGUGUGAAAUUCGAACCAGGGAGCUGGAGGUCGAACGUAAACAACGAGCAGAAGCUGCUGCACGGGAGCAAAGCUCACCCAAACCGACGGACCCUACGGAAUCAGAUGCUGCAAAACCAUCUCAAACUGAAACC